CAACCACUCCAACAAUUCUCAUCUGCUUUUCUUGCUAUAUAAACUGUGCUUCACCUCAUCAACUAUCCAUCCCAAAUAACCAAAACCCAAAUACUUCUCUAGCUUAAUUUCAUUAUUUUCUUCUCUGUCUGAUCGGUUUUUUUUCAAAGAGCCUUAGAAUAUUAUUAUUCAAAGAUCAUGAGUUCAUCAGCUAAUAACUCCGGCGCAGCGUAUCCUCCCCCACCUCAUUCCACAGCUCGAGGUCCUUAUUAUGUGCAGGCCCCACCACCUGCUGGUUAUCCAACAAGAGAUGGCCCAAAUCCCCAUGGACAUGGAGCCGUAGAAACGAAGUCAAAAGGUGAUGGCUUCUGGAAGGGAUGCUGUGCUGCCUUGUGCUGCUGUUGCGUUUUGGAUGCAUGCUUUUGA